AUGUGCGAAUAUCCCCAGUGUGACCGUCUCCAUUCGCCGGUGUUUUGUUUAUUGUCGAGUUGUGCAAAAAUAGCAAUGAAUUCUAAUUUCCAGGAGCUGUACAAAAAGAGCGUAGAUCUGGGUGAACAGCAGAGACUGCGCCAGCAGCAGCUGCUCAAUGUGCAGAAGCAGCGACGACAACAGCUGCAAGAUGAAUACCGCCACGUACCCGACUCCGACGACGAUGACGAAGAGGCAACAAAGGAGGAACGCGCAGAGCAAAGCAAAUCGCAACGUAAACAACGGAGGCAACGCAACCGCAAAAGCAACAAUAGCAAGGAAAGAAAGGGACAACAUUUUAGGCUGCAGCAAUCGGAGUGGCUGCGUCAUCGUCCCGAGAAUUUAGCCGAUUGGCUGCUGCUCCCAUGUCCCGUGGGCAAACGAUGUCUGGUCAUUGCCGCCAAUGGACGCACCAAGGCGUAUAACAAAGCGGGUCGGAUCACAAUGCAGCUGCGUUCCCUGCUGCCAGGCGAUGGCUACAUGCAAAAGUUCAGGACCAUCUUGGAUUGUGUCUAUGUGCCAGAGGAGGACACAUUUUAUGUGCUGGAUGCGCUUGCGUUUGGACAACAGCAGCUCCUAAAUUGUGAUGCCAACUUUCGUUUCUUCUGGCUGCGCUCCCGCUUCGACGAGCACGGGGAACUGAAAGAGCUCAGUAAACGCAAUGAAAAACCUUUCAAGCUGCUGGAAUAUUAUGACUUUGAAGAUGCUACUGCAGUCGACCAGGCGCUUCAAAAGUAUCCACAGUGGACGGACAAUCAGCCGCAACUGGACGGUCUGCUCUUCUACCACAAGGAGGCGAGUUACGAAUGCGGCACAACUCCCCUCGUCUGUUGGUUGUUUCCCUAUAUGAUGCCCGAUGUACUGCAGUUGCCUGUGCACAGCAGCUAUGCAGCGCCAGAGGAUUACCGACCAAAUGCAGCGUUAGAGUACAUGGAUGAGUUUGACAAAAAGUUGUUGGCACAGCGACAACAACAUCAAAAACGCGGGAAAAACACAGAAACUAAAGAAACAGCUGCUGCUGUAGCUGCUGUUGAUUCGGUUGCCAUGGAGCAGGAGCAGGAAGAUGAGCUUGCGGAGUAUGCAGAGUUGCGCAGCAUGUUGGAUCAGCAGCGACGUCUUGAACUGGGUGAACUGGAUAUGGACUGCAUGGAACCGGCAUCGCCAUCUGCUGCUGCUGCUGCCAGUAUCAGCUGUUGA